UGAAGCUUAGCUUCGCUUCUCUCCGCCUACAGUUCUAGGGUUUCCGGCCUGAGUCGUAGCCAUCUCACUCUAUCGGCGCUCCCCAGAGGCUGAACUAAGCGCUUCGUGGUUCAUAUCUGCGCUGUAGUUUGCAGGGUUUCUGAAAUCCGUAGAUUCUUUUUCUACGACCUUGGUUUCCUUCUUGGAAUCUCUCGAUCUCUUACGUUUCGAUCUAUCAACUGCUAUUACCGUUAGCGAUGCUAGGAAGGAAGAUGUACAAGACGAAGCUAUGCUUGCUGUACCAGAGAGGCCGCUGUCCUCGUCAGAAUUGCUCCUUUGCACAUGGAGAAGUCGAGCUCCGGCGUUUCGGCGGAUCUCUCAAUGGCAGACGAGAUUAUAGAAGUAGUGAUUUAAGGGAUAGGCUUGAUAGAAGGCAGUCUCCAAUCCGAAGAUAUUCUCCAGGGCGAGAUGGAAGAGCUCAUCAUAAUUUUCGGAGCCACAAGGCUGUUUCUCAUGAUAGGGCCAGUAGCCUUUCAAGGUCUCCUAUCAGAAGAAGUGAAAGAAGGCCAAAAAAGAAGCGAUCCAUGGAUGGAGAAAGUGAUAUUUCUGAAAGCCAUAAAUUAUCUGACGGUUUCGAAGAUACAAGAAAAGAAAACAAUGUUUCAUCAUUUGAUGGAAAAGUUAAAUAUGAAGAGCAGUUGAGGCAAGCAAAGUCUGAUAUUGAAAAGCUUGAAGAUCAUAAGUCUCAGCUUGCGGUUUUUUUGGAGAAAAAGUUUGAGGAAGAACAGAGAUUGUCGAGUAAAAUCAAGGAUCUUGAAAUGCAGCUAAACAGAGAACAGGAAGAUUGUAAAAGGAUAAAUUCCAAAAUAGAAAAGUUCUUUAAAGCUUAUGGACGGUACAUUAAAGCCCAGGAAGAAUUGAAAAGGUCACAAGCUCGUUUUCAGAAGUUUGGAGAUCAGCUUGGCUUAGAUAUUUCAAAGCUAGGUGCCAAUGAAGAUGACUCGAGCAUUAAUAUUAUAAGCGAUGGAGAACGUAAUGGUGACUUGAUUCAUAGCGGUUAUUCACUGAAAAAAAGACCACUUCUCCAACCAGCAGCCGUCGAGGAAGUGAAGUUGGGAAAUGUGUCGAAGAAAAUUAAACUGUCUGCAACAUUAUCCAAGCCUACUUGGUCAGAAGAUGCUCCAAAGGAUGCUGAGACAGUUAAAUUAAACCAGGAAGAAAAGGACUUACCUUUGUCACUACUAGAUGGUUACAAGCGGAAGCGUGGAAAAUUUUCUCCAAAAUUUGGUUCUUUAUCUAAGAACCGGAGCUCUGAGACCGAACGAGUGCUACCUUAUACAAGUCUGGUUGCUAAUGCUAUAGAUGAACUCAUUGAAGACAUUGGCAUUGUUGAAAAAUCUCGCGGAAUGGAGGCUGUCGCAGCACCUAGUGAAAAUGGAACCAUCGAUGACAAAAUUGUAUCGUCCUAUAUUCCACCUCUACCUCCACCUGUAAAUCAGAAUGUUUACAAACAGUACGAAGGAGAUGAGGAAGAAGAUAUAGAUAUAGAUGUGGAGAAGGUGGAUUCAGAAAUGGUUGAUAUAGAUCUGAAUGGUGAAGUGGAUAUAGAACAGUAGCCAUGCAGCGUUGUUGCUCUUACGGUUUGAAACCGCGGCUGCGUAUAAGCGAUUAUUUUGGUUUGAUUUCAACUUAGAAUUGCUGUUUUUCCUUGCUGGCAGUCAUUAAUGGACAAUGAUGACUAGUGUAAAUAUUUGUGUUUCUUCUAUUUGACAAACUAGUCCUUUAAGAUCUAAUCAUGUUAUUGGUACAUGUAAUGUUGAUGUAUCAAUUUUGGUUAUCUUGUUUUUGUUUGAAUAUUUAAGAAACAUGGCUCA